AUGCCGCGAACGAAGCAACCCGGCGAUGACUCGUUGAGUCAAGCCGAUGAGUCUGGCACCUCGAGCAUUCAUAAUACCAAACACCACCAAGCGAUCAAGUCCCUCACUACUCAGCUUAGGGACAUGGCAUUAAAGGCCUCCGGAGCAUACCGGCACUGCAAUCCAUGCACGGCGCCAACAACUCAGAGCCGUUUCAGGAGCAACUGGAACGAGUCUGACGCAGAGUCAGAGCGAUUCCGGUGGUCGUUACGCCGGACCGGAAGCUCAAGCUCGACGACGACUAGAACAUGGGGGAAGGAGAUGGAGGCGAGGCUGAAGGGGAUAUCAAGCUCGAGCGGCGAAGGGACGCCAAACUCAAUGAAUGGCAGUGGGCGCCGGGUCGACCCGCCCGUGGUGUUCGUCGAAGAGAACGAACCCAAGGAGUGGGUGGCCCAGGUGGAGCCCGGUGUUCUGAUCACUUUCGUUUCUCUCCCGCGCGGAGGAAAUGAUCUCAAGCGGAUACGUUUCAGGUACGCCCUCCUGAUUGAUUAGAUGUUUGACGGUCACGAUUCGUUUUGAUAUACUCUCUCCUUAAUUUGAGUUUUGCGCCUUCGAUCGAUGGUGUCUGGUGCCUCAUAACUGAGGUCAUAUCUUAGUACUGUUUCUAGUGGAUUAGUAUACGUCAUCGACUGGUUUCUGUAUACGAAAGAUAAAAAGGAAAAGUAGCAAGGCGGUAUUUGGAUUCUGGUUUUAAUGGUCAACAAAAAAAAACAAUAUUUAACCCAUUUGAAGGAAAGCGUCCAAACGCAACCUUGGACGCCUCUGGUUCUGUGUUGUUCAAAUGGAGGAAAUAGAAGGGGACCCAUAUCCUACA